AUGGCAGACGACGCAGCAGUCCUUGCAGAGAUCGCUCGCCUUUCCAGCGCCAUCGAGCAGCGCAAAGCCUCGGCUUCAACUCCGCCCUACCGUGGCUCGUACCGCGGCCGAGGCGGCCGAGGCAGGGGCCGCACCGCGCCCACCGCCGUCCACCGCAACGCGACCUGGGUCGCUCCCGGCUUGAGCGGCGCCUCGACCCCGGCCACCACCACCUCGGCCGCCCCGACCGAGCCGACGAGCCGCACCACGACCCCUGUACCGCCCGGCGGCUUCCGCAACCAAGUCCUCGUCCUCAACAAGCGCGCCGACGACUCGGCCAACCUGUCCUCGGCCCCGUCGUCCGCGCCGACCAGCCGUCGCCCGUCGCCUGCACCUCCUGCUCUCGACACGACCCCGAAGCCGCCACCGCCACCGCGCGAGGUCGUCAUCGGCGGCGUCGUCUUUGUCGCCGACCAACGGGGCAACAAGCUCGUCCGCAAACCUGACGCCGACCCGAGUGCUGUCGCUCCCUCGUCGCCCUCCUCGCCGUCCGUCACGACCCCCAAGCGCACCUCGCACCUCGGGACGACCUACAUCCGCACCAAAGCGGGCAACCUCGUCUCGCUCGCGUUCGCCCGGCGUCGCAAGGAGGUCGCCGAUGCGCGCAAGACUCGCGAGGACGAGAUGCGCGAGAAGGGGGAGCGGCUCGAUGGCCUUGUCGGCGUCGUGAGGGGCGUCCAGGCGGCGAGGAAUGGCUCGAGGGGGAGAGGGAGGGGGCGUGGUCGCGGCGGCUUCACGUCGUCGCGCCCGGCCAAGCCCAAGUCGGACAAGCUCUGCAGGUUCUUCCAGCGCACAGGCCAGUGCUCGCGCGCCCACACCUGCCCCUACAUCCACGACUCGUCCAAGAUCGCCAUCUGCCCCCUCUUCCUGCGCUCUUCGUGCCCUCGCCCCGCCUCGUCCUGCCCGCUGUCGCACCAGCCCAACCCGCACCGCUCGCCCCACUGCGCCCACUUCCCGGCCUGCACCCGCGGCGCCGCGUGCCCGUACGCGCACGUGCGCGUCGGCACCGACGCGGCGCCGUGCCGCGACUUUGUCGAGCUUGGGUGGUGCGCCCUCGGCGACGGGUGCGCCAAGCGCCACGUGCGCGAGUGCUGGAGGUUCGCCGAGACGGGGCGCUGCGACGUCAAGGGGUGCCGCGAGCCGCACGUCUUGCGCCGGGUGCAUGGCGCCGAGGAGGACGACGACGAGGACGACGACGAGGAGGGUGGAGAGGUCGAGGGAGAGGGCGCGGGCGAGGAGCUCGCGAUCGAGUGGGAGGAGGACGAGGGGGACGACGACGCGGCGGCGGCGAGGGCUCGCGGCAAGCGGCGUGCGGCGAGGGACGCCGAGCGCGAGGGCAUCUCGGGUGCGGCGGGGCGCAGGCUCAAGAAGCGGCUGCGUGUCGAGCAGCACGAGCGCGCCGAUGGCGGCUUCGACGUCCAGGAGGACUUUGUCGAGCUGUCGGUCCCGAUCUCGGACGAUGAGGUGGACGAUGACGAGGGCGACGAGGGCAUGAGCGUCGACUCGGACGACCUCGACGAGGAGGAGGAGCAGGAGGAGGUGGGCCCGCCUGACGCUCUCCCAGCAGCAGCGCCGCCCCCGUUCAAGUCGCCCUCGGCACCUACUGCAGCCGACAUCGAGCUCGACUUUGGCGACGACGGCGACGACGACGACGACGACUCGGACGACGCCGAUAUCGAGCAGCUCUUGCGCCGUUAA